AUGGCCCAGGCAUGGGUGGUCCGGGCUAGGGAACAAGGACCAGGCCUCAUCUGCUGCCUCCCUGCAGAGUCUGUGAACCUACGCUUCCUGGGGCCAACCACUCAAACUAACCCACCACUCAAUGUGCACACACAGGUUAAUCAACAGCCUGGCUAGCUGUGAGGGAUGACAACUUUGUCUGAAGUACUCUCAUUGCACAACCAUUAAACAAGUCACUCCAGUUUUGAUUACAUAUUUACAGAGGAUAUAUGAUUGUGUGCAGCCCACAACAGCCUUUAAGUUACUAUCUUUUGUUUGACAGUCAUACCCCUAAAACCAGCCUUUAGAAAAGUGAUGACAUAAACAAAAUAUUGCAACCCAUCCUUAUCUGUAGCUUGGCUGGAGAGAUGAACACGCAUGUCACACACAAUAUAUUUUCAGUGUAGUUCAUGGAAGUCUGUAUCUGCAGUUAAUAUUUGGUUAGGUCAUUGUAUAGUUGAUUGCAGGUCCAUGAAUAGACCAUGACAAAGACAUAGAAGUGCAUUGGGAACAACCAUACUUUUCUAAAUGACUCCUCUGCUCUUUCCUUCUCCAGAAUUUCCGACCCAUUAGCACUGGACCAAUCACCAGUGGUUGCAGCAGCAGCUACAGCAGGGGGAACAACAGCAGCGGUUACAGCCGAAAACCCUCCUACACUCCCGAGCUGCCGCACCUCAACAACGGUACCUCCAAGCAGUCCAACAAUGUGCAGUACAACAACCCAGCCGGCCUGUACGCACAUAACAACGGCAGCAACGGAGACAGAGACAGGGUCUUGCCAAACCAAAUGGCCGGCCUGAGCCUGAGUUCCCCUCACAGGUAAGGCAUGUGGAGUGGAAAAGCCAUUUGUUAUCGCGUGGCCUCUCGGAUGUGUGAUAAAUAUGCGUGUUCUCCCAGGCUAUAAUCUGCAGUGCCCAGAGAUCUCCUCUGGGCCCUGCUGUUUGUGCUGGCUGAGUCCACAUGCACACGUGUCCCCCUCCCAAGGCCUCCCAGGGCCUCACAGUGAAAUGUACCUUGUAGGGUCCCUCCGGAGUGGAGGAAGACCAAGUGCACUGUAUCUUGACAGGAUCAGAAAAUAUAGAUCAGCCGUGCUGAUCUUCACAGAGCAGUGCUAAAUGUUAGGCACUAUUGACAGAAUGGAGCUUGAGGAUUCUCUCUGGUGGGUUUUGUGGGCAGACUGUGAACAGCAAAUGGUGUCUAUCUCCUGUUUGGACUAGGAAUACCAAGCUGGAAUGGAUGAACCAGCAGCAUAGUUUACUUCAAUCGAAAAAAAUACCUUAGGCAUAGAGUAGUUUCAAGAUAUUCUGGUAUAUUCACCUUGUCAGUGUGAAUAUGUCAAUGUUAGGAGCACAUUGGAAAUAAGUGUUGUAUAAUGCUUUCAUGUGUUGUACUCUAGAUUUCAGUUGAAUGCAUUCAGUUGUACAACUGACUAACCCCUUUACCUUCCCUUUCUUUAAACUGCAUUUCUUUUACCCCCAAAAUAAAUCAAGUCACAGCAUUCACAAAUUAAAUCAAUAAACAGUGCAACAGUUAGUGGAGACAUUUCAGUCACAGAAGCUGUUGGUCACACUGAAUUCAAACUAAAAACAACUUUAUUUGUUUGUCUUCGUCUCUUUCAGCCCUGAGCCUCCGAUGCAUUCUCCUGUGGGCCGUAAUGGAAACGGUCAUAGUUUUGAAGUCACCACCGAGUCAGACGUGUACAAGAUGCUGCAAGACACGGAGGAGCCAGUGUCCGCACCCAAACAGUCCGGCUCCUUCAAAUACCUACAGGGCAUAUUGGAGGCAGAGGAUGGAGGUACCCUUAUUUGUUGCUCUACAUGAGUUUCCAUUUAUUUAGCUGUUUGUAUAUGCCAUUCACCCUACAGUUUACAUAUACAACAUGCUUGUUUAUGUAUGUUAGAUAUAUGUUUGUAUAUUUGAGCUAAAUUGUUUUCUUCAGCAAGUGGAGCGUGUGAUGUUUUCCAGCCACAUGACUGUAUGUGCACUGUAUCACGCGUUGUCACUGAGAGUUGAGAGGAGAGAGAGCGUUGGCAUAGUUUUCCUUUUAUAGGCCGAGAGAGCUGAAAGUCAAAUGAUAAAGGGGGGGAAGCUUUCGUAAGCAAGUUUACUGCAACACAACCUUAUGAAAGACAAUAAACAGUGAAAUAUGACUUCCUGGUUUUUCUUUCAAACUGUUUUCCUUAGGAGUCGUGUGUUGUGUUUUCGUCAGUGUCAUGGCCAGAUCUCAGCUCCUCAAGGAGAACCCAAACAGACAGGCUAAUCCACAGGAACAAGUCAUGCUGUCUGUUGGAGCUCCUUGAAAUGGUUUUGUAUCAACACCAGUCCACGUUAUUCUUUGAAUUUGGCGCUAAUCGCUUGCAGGUGUCAAAAAGGGAUUAAGGAAGAGAGAAAAGUCAAUAAUGGUUUUAAACAGAAUUAGAUUAAACGGCACCGAUUCGCCUCCUGCACAGUUGUUAUUUUUUUUAUGGCCGCAAAAGGCGUCAUGGACACUGGGUUUAAGCUUCUGGUGUGAUGCUUACACACCUUGGGGCUUAUAAAAGACUCACCCUAAAGAUCUGUCUGUUUGUGUUUGAUGCUCUCCAUAUGUGGGAAUGCUUGCUUUAUCUUCUGCUGAAGGAGUUUUUUCUCUUUCUCAGCUCAGCUUUGACCUUUAGAUGGAGAUGAGCAUUUGACUGCAUGUGAUAUUGUCUUCCUCAUCCUUUAAAAGGAAUACGUUUUUGUUUUGAAAAUGUCGGCAUCCCGGGAUUUCAAGGGAGCGCAAACAUGAAUGGCUGUUAUGCUAUAGCGCCAUAGGCUCUGAUCUGACCGUCUGUGGUGUCAGACAGUAUGGAGGGUGAAAACAAGAGGAGAGGAGACGUUUACAUGAUGAGAUUCUCAGUUUAUUAUUACACUGAACUCCCCAGCUAUAGAAAUCACUGAAGAAUCCACCACUUAUAGUGGUCAAAGAUACUAUAUACAUAUAAUGGUCGAAGACAGACAUAGGAGGGAAGCAAUCAUGUAUUUACAAUGUACUUUACUUUUGAGGAUGAGCAGAUGUGACGCGCACAUUGUACUGCCUGUAGUUGAACCCCCUGUGUAGGAGUGUAACCUUUGAGGUUGUUAAAAAAAUAAGAAAUAUAGACAAGGGUACAGAAUGUUUAUUUUGUUUGUCUGUUUAUCCAGAAAUGUGAACCCCAUUUGCCACUGCGGGUUGCUAUCCGGUUUAUAAAAAGCUGCUCUAAUAAAUGGGUGGAAACUCCCUUUUUCAGACAAAGAGCGCUGGAUCCACAGCUUAGGGGGAACACAGGCUAUGAACUUUAUUCAUAAAGACACGUCAGUAGUCUUUAUGCAUAAAGCUAGCUUAGCCUACUCAAACACCCGGCUCAAAAAGAGAGGGAUGCUAUGUUUAGCUAGCUGGCUAUGGCUAUCCAACAUUGGAACUCUUCCAAGCCAAGGUAAGCUUUUGGUUUGAUUAAUUUAUUGCCACCGGGGCCCGCCAGUGAAACUGCUAAACUGCUUGCUGCUGACUGUACACUGUACAGCAUGAUUGUAGUGUGUUUACUAAUGCAUUAGUUCUAGUAGCUAUGUUGACUAUGACGUUAAUAUAGUGACAACGAUGUAAGCUGUGUGUAGGGGUUUAGCGAUUAUGAUUUGGUUUGGAAAUGUUUUUUGAUGUGCACUGAAGUCCACAAGUGAAGGGAAAAGGUGAGAGGAGGAGAGUGCAUAAAUGUGAGAAGGAAUUACAGUAUACAACAGUCAAAGGGAUCAUGCUGUUUGUAUGUGGCUGCUAUGAAAGUGAACUGUGUUCGCGUGUGAUCAGGGGUGUAUUCAUUCCGCUGAUUCUGUCGGAAAAACAUUUCUUAAACGGAAGCAAACUGAACAAAACGGGGAAAACAUAACUGAAUUUGUCCAAUAGAAACUCUUGUUUGCAACUGUUGAACUAAUGAUUACACACUAGAUCAGCUAGAUGCAGGCAAGAGUGUGCAAGGUGGUAUUAAAUGUGUCAAUGUUGCAAAUGAUAUCAAAUCAAAUGUUAUUUGUCACGUGAAGAUAUUUAGUAAAUAAACUAAAGUAAAAAAAAGUUACACAAUAAAAAUAACAAUAACAAGGCUAUAUAUCGGGGGUACCGGUACCGAGUCAAUGUGCGGGGGUACAGGUUAAUCGAGGUAAUUUAGGUAAUAUCUACAGGUAGGUAGAGGUAAACUGACUACGCAUAGAUAAUAAACAUCGAGUAGCAGCAGUGUCAAUGCAAAUAUUCCAGUUAUCCAUUUGAUUAAUUGCGCAGCAGUCUUAUGGCUUGGGGGUAGAAGCCGUUAAGGAGCCUUUUGGACCUAGACUUGACGCUCCGGUACUGCUUGCCGUGCGGUAGCAGAGAGAACAGUCUAUGACUUGGGUGGCUGGAGUCUUUGACAAUUUGUUGGGCCUUCCUCUGACACCAUCUAGUAUAGAGGUCCUGGAUGGCAGGAAGCUUGGCCCCAGUGAUGUGCUGGGCCGGACGCACUACCCUCUGUAGCGCCUUAUGGUCUGAUGCCGAGCAGUUGCCAUACCAGGCGGUGAUGCAACCGGUCAGGAUGCUCUCGAUGGUGCAGCUGUAUAACUUUUUGAGGAUCUGGGGACCCAUGGCAAAAAAAUCUGUCUCCUGAGGGGGAAUAAGCGUUGUCGUGCCCUCUUCAUGACUGUCUUGGUGUGUUUGGACCAUGACAGUUUGUUGGUGAUGUGGACACCAUGGAACUUGAGGCUCUCAACCCGCUCCACUACAGCCCUGUCGAUGUGAAUAGGGGCGUGUUUGGCCAUCCUUUUCCUGUAGUCCAUGAAAGGCUCCUUUGUCUUACUCACAUUGAGGGAGAGGUUGUUGUCCUGGCACCACACUGUGACCUCCUCCCUAUAGGUUGUCUCAUCGUUGUCAGUGUUCAGGCCUACCACCGUUGUGUCGUCAGCAAACAUAAUGAUGGUGUUGGAGUCGUGCUUGGCCACGCAGUCAUGGGUGAACAGGGAGUACAGGAGGGGACUAAGCACACACCCCUGAGGGGCCCCCGUGUUGAGGAUCAGCGUAGCGGAUGUAUUGUUGCCUACCCUCACCACUUGGGUGUAGCCCAUCAGGAAAUCCAGGAUCCAGUUGCAGAGGGAGGUGUUUAGUCCCAGGGUCCUUAGCUUAGUGAUGAGAUUUGUGGGCACUAUGGUGUUGACUACAGCUCAGCGUUCAAUCAACAGCAUUCUCACAUAGGUGUUCCUUUUGUCCAGUUGGGAAAGGGCAGUGUGAAGUGCAAUAGAGAUUGCAUCAUCUGUGGAUCUGUUGGGGCAGUAUGCGAAUUGGAGUGGGUCUAGGGUUUCCAGGAUGAUGGUGUUGAUGUGAGCCAUGACCAGCCUUUCAAAGCACUUCAUGGCUACCGAUGUGAGUACUAUGGGGUGGUAGUCAUUUAGGCAGGUUACCUUGGCGUUCUUGGGCACAGGCACUAUGGUCAGGGAGAGGUUGAAAAUGUCAGUGAAGACACUUGCCUGUUGGUCCAUGCAUGCUCUGAGUAUGUGUCCUGGUAAUCUGUCUGGUCCCGCAGCCUUGUGAAUGUUGACCUGUUUAAAGGACUUACUCACAUCGGCUACGGAGAGCGUGAUCACACAGUCGUCCGGAACAGCUGGUGCUCUCAAACAUGCUUCAGUGUUGCUUGCCUCAAAGCGAGCAUGAAAAGCAUUUAACCCGUCUGGUAGGCUCGCGUCACUGGGCAGCUCGCAUCUGGGUUUCCCGUUUGUAUUCCAUAGUAGUUUGCAAGCCCUGCCACAUCCACCCGACGAGUGUCAGAGCUGGUGUAGUAGGAUUCAAUCUUAGUCCUGUAUUGAUGCUUUGUCUGUUUGAUGGUUCGUCUGAGGGCAUAGAGGGAUUUCGUAUAAGGGUCCGGAUUAGUGUCCCGCUCCUUCAAAGUGGCAGCUCUAGCCUUUAGCUCGGCGCGGAUGUUGCUUGUAAUCCAUGGCUUCUGGUUGGGAAAUGUACGUACAGUCACUGUGGGGAUGACGUCAUCAAUGCACUUAUUGAUGAAGCCGGUGACUGAGGUGGUAUACUCUUCAAUGCCAUCGGAUGAAUCCCAGAACAUAUUCCAGUCUAUGCUAGCAAAACAGUCCUGUAGCUUAGCAUCUGCGUCAUCUGACCACCUCCGUAUUGAGCGAGUCACUGGUACUUGCUGCUUUAGUUUUUGCUUGUAAGCAGGAAUCAGGAGGAUAGAAUUAUGGUCGGAUUUGCCAAAUGGAAGGUGAGGGAGAGCUUUCUACGCGUCUCUGUGUGUGGAGUAAAGGUGGUCUAGAGUUUUUUUUCCUCUGGUUGCAUAUGUGACAUGCUGGUAGAUAUUAGGUAAAACUGAUUUAAGUUUGCUUGCAUCAUAGUCCCCGGCCACUAGGAGCGCCGCAUCUGGAUGAGCAUUUUCCUGUUUGCUUGUGGCCUUAUACAGCUUGUUGAGUGCAGUCUUAGGGCCAGCAUCAGUUUGUGGUGGUAAAUAGACAGCUACGAAAAAUAUAGAUGAAAACUCUCUUGGUAGAUAGUGUGGUCUACAGCUUGAAGUACUCUACCUCAGGCGAGGAAAACCUUGAGACUUCCUUAAUAUUAGAGAUCGCACACCAGCUGUUAUUGACAAAUAGACCACCACCCCUUAUCUUACCGGAGGUACUGUAGCUUUUCUGUCUUGCCAAUGCACGGAAAACCCAGCCAACUGUAUAUUAUCCAUGUCGUCGUUCCGCCACGACUCGUGAAACAUAAGACAUUGCCGUUUUGAAUGUCCAGUUGGUAGGAUAGUCUUGAACAGUGCUCAUCCAGUUUAUUCUCCAGUGAUUGCACGUUGGCCAAUAGGACGGAUGGUGGAGGCGAGUUACCCACUCGCCGACAAAUUCUCACAAGGCACCCGGACCUGCGGCCCCUGUAUCUCUGUCUCCUAUUCAUGCGAAUUACGUGGAUUUGGGCCUGGUCCGGGAGUAGCAGUAUAUCCUUUAUGUCAGACGCAUUAAAGAAAAAACCUUUGUCCAGUUCGAGGUGAGUAAUCACUGUUCUGAUAUCCAGAAGCUCUUUUCGGUCAUAAAAUACUGUAGCAGAAACAUUAUGUGCAAAAUAAGUUACAAACAAUGUGAAAAACACACAAAAUAGCACAAUUGGUUAGGAGCCCGUAAAGCGGCAGCCAUCCACUCCGGCACCAUUCAGGAUUUCUAAAAUUUCUCUUGACCUGUGCACCUACAUUGUAAACUUUCAUUCAUAGGCUAGGUUGUGGCAACCUCAUGAUGGGUAUAGGGAAAAUUAGAGUAUCAUGUGCUAGCCUAAACCUAUCGAUGUUACAUUGAUUUGGCUGAAUGGAAUAUGAAUAACAGUCAUCCAAUAUGCUUUAAUAGAAAUAAGGCAAUGCUCAUUAAAAAUAAAUCUUCCUCCCUCUUGUUAAAUGGCACCGACCGCCACUGGUAUAUACUGUACAAGUCCUAUGACUAAACCUCCCUCGUACAGUAUUUGUGAGAAUCCCAUGAGAACUCCUGACUAGAACAUAGAAGAGACGGCAAUGAUGACUAGAUACUUAUGUAAUACAGCAACCUGGACUCCAACUGAACAUAGAAAAUGUAAAUCCGGGACACUCCAAUGAAUAUGAUAUGUUAAGUUUCGUAUGGUAGAUAUUAAUUUGUGGCUGUCCAUCAUCCAUUACGUAUGAUAUGUUACGAAUUGCAUUUAUUACAAUAUUUUACGAAUUGCAAUUCGUACAAUAUGUUACGAAUUUGUACAAUAUGUUAAUGAAUUUGCAAAAAGUAUGAUAUGUUAUGAAUUCCAAUUUGUUGUCACUAAUGUUAACUAGGUGGCUAACUCUAAUGUUAGCUAGGUGGCUAACGUUAGCUAGGCUAGGUGUUAGGGUUAGGGGUUAGGGUUACAUUUAGGGUUAGGAGUUAGGUUUAUGGGUUAAUGUUAGGGUUAGGGGAAGGGUUAGCUAACAUGCUACAUAGUUGCAAAGUAGCUAAAAAGUAGUAAGUAGUUGCAAAGUUGCUAAUGCUAAAGUUGUCCAUGAUGAGAUUCGAACACACAACCUUUGGGUUGCUAGACAUUCACGUCUACCCAUCCUCCCCGACCAACCACCCUACUUUCAUUUUAGCCUUAAGUAAGCUUCUGUCUUAUGUAACCAUACCAAACGUAACAUAUCAUACUAAUUUGAGUGUCUCUUUAUUUACAUUUACUAUGCUACGUCUAGUCUAUGAGACCAGGCUGAAUACAGCAAUUAUUACUGUAAAAAUAGACCCUGUUAUUACUCCAACCUCUUAAACGGUCACGGCAUUAGUGUUUAAGUGUUGGAGUGAUGUAAACUUCUUUGUGCCAGGUAGUUCACCAGUGUGGUGAGUAGGCCAUGCCAGAGCCAGGGGCAGUGGCGUGCUGAGUUAAUGGGGCCUGCUGGCACCUCAUCACUCCGUGGUUCAGGGAGAGUGUGAUUGUAGCACUCUGGUGUGAUGAUGGUCUAGGCCUUAAUGUGAAAUAUUUGCUCUGCCAGGCAGCUGCCUCUCUCUCCUUUCCUAAUUGAUGUGUUCCUGCUGUGUGCCAGGAUCUCGCAUCAGCCCUGGCAUCCCUGACAUGUGAACAGAGGGAGAGAGUUAGGGAGUGAGAGGUAGAGAGGCAGAGAGAGGUAGAGAUAGGGAAAGGUACAUAGAGGUGUGGAGGUAGAAAGAGAGAGGGAGCGAUACUGUAGGUAAUACAGUACAGAGAGUGGGGGGGGGGGGGGGGGGGUUGUAUGGUAUGGUAGAGUGAGAGAAUGGGGUAGAGAGGCUGGCAAUGUGUGAGCACCACCCUGGCCCUCUGCCUGUACCCAUGCCAUGCCCGCCGAGGUUAACACACACCAGUGAAGGGAGUGCUUACUGAGGAGUCAUGUCUCUGUUGUGGACAGUAGCUGACCUUGGUGCCUCCCUGAGUCAAGUGUGAACACCAUUCAUUCUUCCAUCUCCAUGCUUUCACCCAUGGCUGACCGCUGCCUUUCUAGCUCUCAGAUACUGGUGUAGGGUGAAGUUGCCCCUAAAUGCUGAUCUUGGGUCAGUUUAGCAUUUUAUCCAACUGAUAUCUAAGAUUAGGAUUGGGGGAGAGGAAGCUGAUCCUAGAUCUGUACCUAGACGAAACAUCACCCCGGAGCACUAAGUUGAUUUACAGUACUUGGAAAUAAACUUGUCUUAACUGCGCUAAAUAAGUUGAAUAAAUUAUUCUUAUUCUUAUUCUUUUAAUUUAUUUUUUAACUGAGGUGUUAUGUUAUUUUGUGUGUCUGUGUCCACAGGUGUGUCCCCCACUGAUAUGUCUGGAGUGAGAGGCCUGAGAACCCCGGACCGAUCCCCAGUCCCUAAACUGGGCAGCCCCAUCCCCGGCCUACAGAAACUCCCCCAGUGCACGCGCUGUGGCAACGGCAUAGUGUAAGUCAAAAAAACUGAGAUGACGCUUUACACUAGGAGUGUGUCACAAAUAGCACCCUAGUCCCUAUAUAGUGCACUACUUUUGACCAGAGACUACAUAGGCCAGGGGAUAGGGUGCCAUUUGGGACAUAGUCUAGUCCUGCUCCAACAGGCCCAAGCUAAUAGCAGAGAGGGAAAAUGAUCUCCAUAUAUCACUUUGAAUGAUUAAACCUCUGUGCCACGCCCUCCUCCUCAGGAACCCAGAGAUGCCAGUAAUCCCCACACUGUUAAAGCACCAUGGGUAAACAGUGAUGUCAUUUGAACAAGAGACUGUUGUGGAGGCUUAGUACCAUGGAUCUGUUAUAUAGAGUGUUUACGCAGGGUUUUUUAGGCAGGGCACUAAUGCAUUUACCUACUGUAAUAGGCAGUAGCGGUUAGGAUAAAGGCCCGGAUACAGGGGAUAUUCAAAUUCAACCAAUGAGUUCUGGCUGUUGUGAAGCUAUAUAACCCUUAUUGGCAAUGCAAAUACCCACAUCCAUGAAUAGCAUACUGGUCACUUGAAUACACAGUGACAUAGUUAAAUAAGCAAAUGCUAAUCAAAUAGCUCUUUAUUUAUAUAACCUUGAGAAUCAAUUAUCUUUGACAUUGGGCACUUUGUGACAACUGCUGAUGUAAAAAGGGCUUUAUGAAAUACAUUUGAUUGACUGGGAACCACUUAUCUUUGACAUGACACUACCAACCUGGUUAUGUUCUGUCCAUAUAGGGGCACCAUCGUGAAGGCCAGGGACAAGCUGUACCACACAGAGUGCUUCAUGUGUGACGACUGCGGCAUGAACCUCAAGCAGAGGGGCUACUUCUUCAUCGAGGAGAACCUGUACUGUGAGACCCACGCCAUGGCCCGCGUACAGCCUCCUGAGGGAUAUGACGUGGUCGCCGUCUACCCCAACUCCAAGGUUGAACUGGUCUGA